AAAGCUUUAGCAAAACAUUUGCAUGUAGAUUUUCCAUUGCCUUCUGUGUUUUUAUUAUGAACAAAAGCCAGUACAAUAACAAAGUUGGUUUCCAUUUGAAAUAGCUAAAUAUAUUCAUGUGACAUUCAUCACCUGCUCAUUUCUAAUUUUUUAUCAAUGAAAGACAAAACACCUCCAUAUCAUUGCCUUUUUCUUCUCGAAAUGUAUCUCCGCAUUCCCUUUGCCAGUAUAGAGACAACAACGACUAGACCCAACCUUUUUUCUUGAAGUGGCUUAGCAUUAAUCUUCUCCAUUUCAUGGAUGGAUUUAUAGUAGUUAAGAGACUUCUUCUUAUUCAAUCAGCUUGACCGGUUUCCUUUCCAUCUAGCACACCCUUCUUCAUGUUCACUGUUUAUGUCCAUUUCCCAUCUUCCAUGUAAAAACAGACUUAGCAGCACAUCUCCUUGUCGCUAAACAUGUUUGUGGCAACAGAAUGAAGUACCUUUUGUGAUCGAUCAUCAUAUUUAAAUUGUACAAAGUCUGCUUCAAGCUCAAGAUUAGAUUCAACAAUCUCUUCAUCAAGCUUAUGUGGCUCAAGAGUGAUAUCCCUUAUAUAUCGUCAUCAAUAUCAUCCAUUGAAGAUCUUUGCAACAUGAAAUUGUGUCUUAAUAGUGAAAGACUGAAGAAAGGGCCUUUAACCCUUAUGAAUGACAAGAUAAUCCUUGAUGUUGUAGAGCGAGGUACCUGGGCUCUACAUAUGCUCAAAUAUGUACCCUCUCUUCUAUUUCAAAACACCUCUCUUCUGUUUUAGAACACCACACUAAGUAUUACCAAGUGCAAUUUCAUAUCUUAUGUUUCAGAACACCUAUCUUAUGUUUUAGAACACCAAGUUAAGUAUUACAAAGUGCAUUUCCAAUGGUCUAAAUCUCCAUAGUAUGUGAAUAGCAUUAGUAUAAAUAAAGACAUAACACUGGCUAAUAAAAGCAGUAUUUGUAACAUUCAAUUGUACUAUGCAUGUAACUAUAGCUUUAAUUUAGUUGUGUGCAUUUCAAUGUAUAGUCAUUGCAUAUAAUAUUUUUUGUACAAUUCAUUGGUUACUAACAGUAUAUUUUCAUUUUAUCUUUUUGGACCCAUGCAUCCAUCACAUAGGAUAUAGACAUGGGGAAAAUAAUAAGAAGUCAUAAACAAGGCAUUGAUAUUGACCACCCUACGAAAAGAAAAAGAAGUGAGCAAGUCUUACAGAGCAGUAACUUUUUUGGAGAAGAGAGUAAAAUAAGACGCGGUGAAAGGAUUAGAAAGAGGAAGAUGUCUAAAAACUGUGAACCCUCCAACAAAAAGAUCUGCAUACAAAGAUUUUUGAACUCCCAUAAUGGAAUGGUUGAUUUCCCAUCCGAGUAUAUCCAGCAACUGAAAGAAUCAUACACUGACAGAUCAUACCUUGGUAAACUAGAAUACAAAUGUAGACACUGCGAUGCAAUUUUCUGGUUCAAUGAACGCAAUAAAUCCAUGACGAGACACAAUAAUCAGGAACCAAUAUAUUCGAACUGCUGCAAAAAUGGCAAAAUCAGAAUACCAAAAUAUAAAGAACCCCCAACUUUUCUUAAUGAAUUAAUACAACGAAAAAUGGACACAAGAUGUAAACAUUUUCUACAAAAAAUAAGACAAUAUAAUAGCAUGUUUGCAUUUACUUCCAUGGGGGGAAAUAUUGAUAAAAAAAUAAAUGAUGGUGAGGGACCAUAUGUGUUUCGUGUCAAUGGCCAAAUACAUCAUCGAAUAGGAUCAUUACUACCCUUACCAGACAAUUGCCCCAAAUUUGCAGAACUAUAUAUUUUUGAUACAAAGAAUGAAAUUGAAAAUAGAAUUAGGGCUCUAACAAAUGAAGAACCAGGUGAGCAAGACAUAGAUCCAGAAAUAGUGAGAGGGCUAAAAAAAUGCUCGACGAAUAUAAUCCAUUAGUAAAAAUAUUCCGCCAAGCUCGUGAUUUUCUCGAAGAACACAAAGGCAUAGAUGUAAGCAUUAGAAUAGUAGGCGCUGACGAAACUGAUAGAAUUCAAUAUGAGAUGCCACAUCAGGAAGAAUUAGCUAUGCUGAUUGUAGGUGAUUUAUCACUUGAGAACUACAAACGGGACAUCAUUGUUAGCACACACCAAAAUAGCCUUCAAAGGAUAUCUAUUUUCCAUCCAGCAUAUAUGCCUCUACAAUACCCGCUCCUAUUUCCAUAUGGCGAACGAGGCUUUCAACUAGGUAUUAAAUACCAUGGACAACACAUUAGUCAAAACAGAGAUGACUCCAAAAGAGAUAGAGUAACUUUGCAUGAAUUUUUGAAAUAUCAUGUGCACUAUAGACCUAAUCAGCCUAAUCCCUGGUUAUGUUAUGGCCGAUUAUCAAAACAAGUAGUAGUAGACGGUCGAGCAAUGGAGGAUGAAGACAGGCUUGAUUAUAUUGUUAGAAAUCAAUCAAAAUUACGAGCUGAAUAUGUACAAGGUAUUUUUGAUGCAGUAGAAAAAGGAAUAUAUGACGCCAGUCGAAUAGGAAAAAAGGUGUUAUUACCAUCUAGCCAUGUUGGAUCAAAACGGUAUAUGAUACAAAAUUACCAUGAUGGCAUUGCUAUUUGUUGUGCCUAUGGGCCACCAGAUCUUUUUAUUACAUGCACUUGUAACCCUAAAUGGCCUAAAAUAACAACAUGUUUAUUACCAGGUGAGCAUCCAAAUGAUAGACCUGAUAUUAUUGUCCGUGUUUUUCAUAUGAAACUACAACAACUUUUGGAUGACUUACAAUCAGGAAAGGUAUUUGGCCUUGUACUAGCACUACUAUAUUCUAUAGAAUUCCAAAAACGAGGUCUACCACAUGUGCACACAUUAAUUUGGUUAGACAAGAAAGGUUGUGAAAUAACUACAGAAACAAUAGAUUCGUGGAUAUCUGCUGAAAUACCAGAUCCCGAGUUAGAUCCUUUGGGAUAUGCUCUUGUUGCUGAACAUAUGAUGCAUGGACCGUGCGGAGAUAAAAAUUGGAAUUGUCCAUGCAUGAAAAAAGGCAAAUGCUCCAAAAUUUACCCCAAAGAUUUUGAAGAAAACACUACAUUCUCUGAAAAUGGCUUUACAAUAUAUCGAAGGAGGAACAAUGGGAUUUUCAUCAGAAGAGAACAACACAACUUAGACAACAAAUGGGUUGUGCCACAUAAUUUAAAACUAUUAAAAAGAUACCAAGCUCAUAUAAAUGUUGAAUAUGUAAACAAGAGUACAGUCUUGAAAUAUUUAUGCAAAUAUGUAAACAAAGGACCUGAUAGAGCAAAGGUUAUAUUCAAAAAAAUCCAAAAAGGAGAAGAAUCACAUGUAAACAAAGAAGCAGAAACUAUAGAUGAGAUACAAGAAUAUCUAGACUGCAGAUAUAUAUGCGAGCAAGAUGCUCUUUGGAGAUUAUUAGGAUACGAGAUACAUUACCAUUGGCCACCUAUAGAAAGACUGCCAGUUCAUCUACCAUUGAUGAAUAUAAUUAAGAUGAAAUCAAAUGAUAAAUUGAUAGACAUAGCUAAAGAUCUAAAGUAUAGAAAGACAAUGCUAACUGAAUGGUUUAAUGCAAAUAAGCAAUAUGAAGAUGCAAAAGAAUUAACAUACUAUGAGUUUCCCAAACAAUGGCGUUGGGAUGGAGAAAAAAGACAAUGGAAGAAAAGACAACAUGGUUUCAAAUUUGGAAGGCUCUAUUAUGUAAACCCUGCUGAAGGUGAAAGAUUCUAUUUAAGAAUGCUUCUAAUGAUUGUUAAAGGUGCUAAAAACUAUGAAGAUAUACGAACGUAUAAUGGUGUUUUAUACCAAACCUUUAAAGAGGCUUGCGCAGCUAGAGGAUUACUAGACGAUGACAAUGAGUGGUAUCGCACAUAUCAAGAAGCAACUAAUUGGGCAACAUCAUUUGAACUACGCAAUCUAUUUGUCAUAAUGCUAACAUAUUGCCAAAUAAAAGAUGAAAAAGAAUUUUUCAACACCACAUGGCACACAAUGGUCGAUGACAUUCACAAACAUCUUAUCCAAAAAUACCACCCUAUCAAAUAUACACCCUCUGAAUUAGAACUACAACAUUAUUUACUUGAAGAACUAGAAGAGCUAUUCUCUAAGAAUGGGCAGGAAAUAAAUAACUACAAUUUACCCAGGCGACAACACACAAAACAUAUUGAUAACAUAAACAGACUAAUCCAAGAAGAAAUGAGUUAUGAUAUAAAUUACUUAGAAGAAGAAGCAAACAAAUUAUAUAUACAACUAAACAAAGAUCAAAAGAAUGCUUUUCAUACCAUAGUUAGUUCUGUGCUUAGCAACAAUCCAAACUUCUAUUUUGUCUCAGGACAUGGAGGAACUGGGAAAACAUUUCUAUGGAAUGCCAUUGUAUCAUACCUUAGAGCUAUAAGAAAGAUUGUCCUUACAGUUGCAUCAUCAGGAGUUGCUUCUUUGCUACUUCCAAAUGGACGUACAGCUCACUCAAGAUUUCGUAUACCUAUAGAUUUGGAUCAAUUGUCAAUGUGUGAUAUAAAAAGAGGAACAAAUCUUGCAAAACUUCUUAUUGACACAGAUCUUAUUAUAUGGGAUGAAGCUCUAAUGACAAAUAAACAAUGCUUUGAAGCAUUUGAUAGAUCCCUUAGAGAUAUAGUAGGAGAAACAUAUGAAAAAGCUCUUGACAUUCCUUUUGGUGGUAAAGUGGUUGUGCUAGGUGGCGAUCCAAAACAAAUAUUACCUGUUAUAGAAAAUGGAACAAAAGAACAAAUAAUAAAUGCUUGUAUCAUUGCUUCAUACCUUUGGAACCAUGUCAACAUUAUAUUCCUUUCUGAAAACAUGCGACUACGACAAAGUAAUAUAUCAAAUGAAGAGUAUGAAGACUUGUUAUCAUUCAAUAAUUGGAUCCUUGCCAUUGGAAAUGGGGUAUAUAACAACAACGAUAAUUUUUCCUCGGACUCAACACUCAUUGAAAUACCAAAAGAAUUUUUAAUUGAAACAACAGAGGAUAAAAUUCAAGCAUUAGUUCAAUUUACUUAUCCUGACCUACAAACAAAAUAUAAUGAUCCAGAUUAUAUCAAAAAAAGAGCUAUAUUAGCAACAACUAAUGAUGUUGUAGAUGAAAUAAAUGAUUAUAUUAUCUCUCUUUUGCCAACAGUAGAGAGAGAAUACUAUAGUGCAGAUAGCAUAUCUAAAUGCACAGAUGCUCCAAAUGAUGCCAAUAUUUUAUACCCUAUUGAGUAUCUAAACACUUUAAACGCAAACAAUUUCCCUUCUCAUAGACUAAAACUUAAAAUUGGCACUCCUGUAAUGCUUCUACGAAAUUUAAAUCAAAGUUUAGGACUAUGCAAUGGAACCAGAAUUAUUAUAACUCAACUAGGAGACACAAUUAUAGAAGGAACAAUAAUAACAGGUACACACGUUGGCGAAAAAAUACAUAUACCCCGCAUUAAUCUGACAACUAAGGGCAAUAAAUGGCCUUUUACAUUAUGUCAACGCCAAUUUCCAAUCAAGGUUUGCUACUCUAUGACUAUAAAUAAAAGUCAAGGACAAACACUAUCAAAUGUAGGGUUAUAUUUAAAGAAAAAGGUGUUUACACACGGUCAACUAUAUUUAGCUGUGUCACGAGUUACAGAAAAGAAAGGGCUCAAAAUAUUGAUAGAAAAUGACGACGGUUCAUGUGGAACAAUAACAGAAAAUAUUGUGUAUAAAGAAGUACUACAAUCUAUUGAGAGCCAUGGCAACAUAAAUUGAUACUAUUUUUAACAAAUUGUAUUUGCAGAUGGACAUUACACCACUAUCACAAGUUCGACCAGGGGUCUACCACUAUAUCAUUUGUGUUCGGAUAUCAAGAGUUUGGGAAUUUCAUGGCAAAAAUGAUGAUGAUCCAAUCAAACAUUUGGAUCUUGUGAUUAUUGAUCAACAGGUAUAUGUAUUCUUCUUGGUCCUUGUCAAAUUAUUACUAUAAUUUGUAAUUACUAUCUGUAGGCUUCUUUCCAUCCUCCUACAAGAGGAUAUGUAUCGAAAUUCUGUCAAGCAUAGCAGGUAGUGCAGUCCUAUAUAGCAUCUAGGAUCAGCUACUUUAGUAUAGUUAUCAGGGGCUGCUACCUACGGUAUUCAGGAUCUAAUAGCCAGGAUGCCACACCUUCCCUAGUGUUGCACCCUUCUGGCUAUACAUUGUACUCCCUUCUUCAUCUAAUGAAGCAUUCUAUUCAGCCCCAUUUAACUUGUCUAACAGCCCUAAUAUAUGCAUAAAAAUGUCUUAUCGUUUAGCACAACUUAAAUCUAUAACAAUUUAACUUUAUAGGGGACUGCGAUGUACGCUGAAGUUCCUCAAGAAGCUAUAUAUACACUUCAACCACGACUACAGGAAAGCAAGAUUUUAAUCAUGAGAAAAAUUUAUGUUGACAACGCAAAGCUAUCCUUCAAACCUGUGCAUGGAAAGUAUAUGAUCAGGCUACAUCCAAAGACUUUGCUUGAGGAAGUAAAUGAGGAUCCACAAGAUUUUCCAAAAUAUACAUUCCAUCUAACACCGUUCCCAGAACUACCCCAACUUGAAGGAAACAAUGAGUAUUUCAUCGGUACUGUUAGUUUCAAUCCGUUUUCCUAUUUUCAAAAAGACAAUAAACACUUUGUCAAAUUAACAUUGUUGUAACAACAACAUGCAGAUGUCAUUGGAUGCAUUACAGCUCUUUCUGAUGCAACACCAUUUCAGACUAGCAGUGGAAUAGUUCGCAUGAAAAGGCUGAUCCACCUUGUGGAUCUAAGGUAAAUGCCCAUUGCUCCAUUGAAACAUAUGUAUAAAAUGGUAUGUUACUGUUGUAACAAAAUUCUAAUUUAAUGAAGGGGAAAUAAAAUUGAGGUAUCACUAUGGGGACGAAGAGCAGAGGAAUUCCCAGGACAACAAGUCUUUAAAGCCAGUGAAAUGAAUCAUGUAAUUGUUAUCUUUGUUGGAACAUCAGUCAAAUCCUAUCGUGGAUCACCACCUUUUCUUAGUGGCACAGCUGCAUGCCGCUGGUAUAUAAAUCUUCCAGAGAUCCAUGAAAUCAAUACUUUCUAUGCAAGGUAAAUUAUAUUCCUUUCUAUAACCUCCCUUUCAUUUUUUUAAAAUAUAAUGUUUUGUGAUUUCCAUUUAUUGUAAAUUAGAUUGACGGCAAUAUAAAUAUUUGGAUAGUACAUGUACAUUUUUUGGCCUCCUUUAUUGCAUUUCCUUACAAAGUAUUUAAAAUACAACCCUACAAUGAGUUAGUUUGAGAUUUAUUUAUAGAAUAAAUAUAGCAGCAGCAACAAAAGUGUUUGAUAUAAUGCCAUGGGGAAGUUGAGUUGUACAUACUAAGGUUUAACACGAAGAUGAAAUCUAAUUAUACAACAUUCAAUCACUGUUAAGCUUGAAUAUAGUACAAUGUAAAUUUGCAAUUCAUUUAAUAAACUGAUCAAGACUAAUUACAAUGCUUUCAUAUUUAUAGUAUCGGUGAACAAUACCAAUCAAUCCAAAAGCUUCAUAUUCAGACAAUGAACGAGAUGCAGAACAAGAUUGAGCAAAAGACAUUUUUAGAAAUGAAAUUAGUCGACCCAUUUGAUGACAUGGUAAGACACACUACACCAAUAAAAUGUAUAUUUAAAAUUAUUGUUACAGAACUUAUAUAAUUACUUAAUAAUCAUUACAUUUACAGAGCAAACGUUUCGAAUGCACCAUGAUUGUAACAAGAAUUGCUGACAAUAAGCCCUGGUUCUAUCAAGGAUGCACAAAAUGCAAUACAUCAACAAGAUAUGAAGGAAAAACAUACAUUUGUAAACAAGGCCACAUCUCCUCUCAGAUGGUCCACAGGUAAACUCUCUGUACAAUCAUUUUUAUACACAAAACUUCUUGUAUUUUAUCAAUGUCUAUAACCUAUACUCUAAAUAGGUAUAAAAUAUCUCUAUAUGCCACUGAUGGCACCUAUGAGCUAGAAUUCGUGCUCUUUGAUGAGAGAGCGACAUCACUUAUUGGGAAAACCGUAGAGAAAUUACUGAGACAAAGCAACAAAUCUGAAUUGCCGGAAGAGAUUAAAGCAAUUGUGGGUGAGAAAUUGACUGUUGUGACCAAGUUGUUUCCAGGAAAAAGUAUUAAAAAGAGAGGACCUAAUAAGGACAACAAAGAUCCAACAUUUGAUAUUCUUAGUAUCAAAAAGAGGCAUGGAAAAGACCUACUCCUUUCCGUGUUCAAAAAAGAAGAGCCUGUUGUUCUCCACAGCGCAAGCUCAUCUCAACUUCCAAAGCUACCACCCCUAGUACCAAUAGAGCCAAAGACACAAGAUAUACAGGUACUGCUUUCUAUCAAAACAUCUCAAUUAUAAAUCUUAAUCCGCAAAAAUAAAACUAACAUGUACAUUGCUAUGUAAGACCUCUGGUUCAGAAGCAGCAUCACCACAUGAAUUACAGCUUAUGGAGAUUGAUCAGACUAGGUUAGUGGGUCUACUUUUUAUAUCUUUCUUUUCAUAUCAUCCAGAAAAUAUACAAUGUUUUGUUAUAACAUCUUUUAAUCUGAUAUGUUACAGUUGCUUUGACAACCUCAGUGUAUCAUACAAGAGAAAUUUCAAUGCAAUUGAUGACUCCGACAAGGUAACUACUUUUCAACACAUCCGAUAAUACCCAUAUAGAUAUCAAUAUAUGUACUUAAUAUUUUUAAUUAACCUAUAUUGCUCCCUCUUUUAUAGGAAGAAACACAUGGUGCUGACCAACUUUCAGUCUUUGCAAAAAGACCAAAGAUGAAGAACAAUUAGUUACCUUCUACAUAGCUACUCUUUUGAGACGUUGCAUCUAUUGUUCAAUAGAAAUAGAUCGGUUGUGGUUCUACUUACGAGAACAACAAAAUUUGGCUUCUCGCAACCAAAACUCUUUUGCAGUAUGUAUAAACAUAUGACUGUUUGCAAGCAACGUAGCAGCAGUUCUGCUAAGCUCAUCUUUUGUAGUGACAUAUCUUUAAACAUGCUGCUUUUGAUCAAAAUAACACUCACUAUCAACUCUAUAUAAUCAUAUGAUAUUGUCUGAUAUUAGCAUUUUAUUUCUGUGGUUUUUAUU